ACAAUUCCAUUACAUUAUCCAUUUGUAGUUAAGUCCGUUAAUCCCACGCAUCACUCGGAUCUUCACGACACUCGUCGAUCUGCAGUCCUCACGCGUAGCCCCCCCUCUCUUAUUGAUCAAACAAUUCAUUCAUUCACUCAUUCAAUCGCCACUCCCAACCCCACCUCUCCCUUUCAUCGCCGAAUCAUCACAUAAAUUAACUUCUUUGACUCCCAGCAACUCCACUUGCACCUGCAGAUCACAUUCACAUUCACAUGCUUUCGUGUAUAUUUAAUUAUUUAUUAAUGGAUGCGGACACAUGAUGCUCUGAGAUUGUUCGAGAUAGCUGAACUGAAAGUCAAAAAAAUCUGUUCUUGAUCCGAAUUGGGGGAAGACAUGGAUGAAGCUUUGUUGGGUGGUCGCAGAGAGGCCGGCGGCAGCGGCAGCGGCGGCGCAGGAUGGGACCGGAAGCGUUUGUUCGACAGAAGAUCCGACGCUAUUGCUCACGGAUCAACGUAUCAGAAGGCUGCUGCUUUGGUUGAUCUUGCUGAAGAUGGAAUUGGCAUACCAGAGGAGAUUCUUGAUCAAUCUAGCUUUGGAACCUCCUUAAACUCAUAUUUAAUGUUUUCACGAUUUGAUUUCCUUUGGACCGUCAACUACUUUGCCUUAAUUGCUCUGAAUUUCUUGGAGAAACCUUUAUGGUGCACUGAGAACUGCAAUAAUCGCGACUACUACUUUCUAGGAGAGCUUCCAUUCCUCACUACUGCUGAAAGUCUUGUUUAUGAGGGUGUGACUCUUUUGAUUCUGGUUGUACAUAUACUUUUUCCAGUAUCAUAUGAAGGAUUCAAUAUCUUCUGGAAGAGUGUUCUUAAUAGACUCAAGGUACUCUUUUUAGUAAUACUUAUUGUUGAUCUAUCAGUAUAUAUUGUUUAUCUUUCUCCAGCAGCAUUCGAUACUCUUCCAUUCCGUAUUGCACCUUAUAUCCGGGUUGUCUUUUUCAUUCUUAACAUAAGGGACAUACGGGAUAGCAUAAUCAUUCUUUAUGGAAUGCUUGGCACUUAUCUCAAUGUCAUGGCUUUAUUGCUUUUAUUCCUUCUGUUUUCUAGUUGGUUGGCGUAUGUUAUCUUCGAAGACACUGAACAGGGCAAAACUACAUUUACCUCUUAUGGUGUAACAUUGUACGAGAUGUUUAUUCUGUUCACAACUUCCAACAAUCCAGACGUCUGGAUUCCUGCAUACAAGCAAUCACGGUGGAAUGUUCUAUUCUUUGUCGUUUUUGUGCUUUUGGGGGUUUACUUUGUCACCAACUUGAUUCUUGCCGUUGUUUAUGAUAGCUUCAAGGGUGAGCUUGUGAAGCAAGUGGCUGAGAAGGAUCGAACUAGAACAAGGGUACUGAAGAAAGCAUUUAACCUGAUUGAUGAGAAUGAGCUUGGUUACCUUGACAAGGAUCAGUGCAUUCGUCUAUUUGCAGAACUGAACAAAUACAGGACAUUGCCCAAAAUAUCGCGCGAGGACUUUGAAUUGAUAUUCUAUGAGUUGGAUGAUAGUCAUGAUGUCAAGAUUAAUUUGGAAGAAUUUGUUGAUCUGUCGCAUGCCAUAGGACUCAGAUUUCAGAAAGAGGAAUCAGAACCUGUUUUUCGAAAUUGUUGUCCCACAUUCUACAACUCUUAUGCAUCUGAGAAAAUAAAAGAGUUUGUUCGAAGCGCCAUAUUCAAUUACAUUGUAGCAUUCAUUCUGAUCCUGAACUUUGUUGCUGUUGUUAUUGAGACAACGCUUGAUAUCGAGGAUAAUUCUGCUCAAGAUGCUUGGCAGAAAUUGGAGUUUGUAUUUGGAUGGAUUUAUGUCCUGGAAAUGGCAUUAAAAGUUUAUGCCUAUGGGUUUGAAAAUUAUUGGAGGGACGGACAAAAUCGCUUUGACUUUAUAAUUACAUGGGUUAUUGUAAUAGGAGAAACAGCAACUUUUAUCACCCCCACCGGAGGCAGUUUCCUCUCGAAUGGUGAAUGGAUUCGGUAUCUUCUGAUAGCAAGAAUGCUACGACUGAUUAGGCUUUUGAUGCAUGUUCCACAGUAUCGUGCAUUUGUGGCUACGUUCUUUACCCUAAUACCAAGUCUAAUGCCGUACCUGGGAACCAUAUUUUGUGUAAUGUGUGUAUACUGUUCCCUCGGUGUACAGAUCUUUGGUGGGGUAGUUUACGAUGGGAAUAUGGAUCUCGACCGGACUGACCUGAAAGAUAAUGACUACUUACUCUUCAACUUCAAUGACUACCCCAAUGGCAUGGUUACGCUUUUCAAUUUGCUAGUGAUGGGAAAUUGGCAAGCAUGGAUGCAGAGCUACAAGGAACUGACGGGAACAGCUUGGGUCUACGUCUACUUCAUCAGCUUCUAUCUCAUUACAGUGUUACUCCUUUUGAAUUUGGUGGUGGCUUUUGUCUUGGAAGCUUUCUUUGCGGAAAUGGAACUCGAAGCUUCUGACAAAUCUGAAGAGGUGGAUGUUAAGGAUGACAAUGGAAAGGAGCGAAGGCGUCGUCUUGGUGCUAAGUCGAGGAAUCAGAGGGUUGACAUGCUUCUGCACCAUAUGCUGAGCGCAGAGCUGAAAACCACCGAAUGCUCCGAGGCAUAAACUGGAUUCACAGUGAUUACUCUCUCCCACAUUUUCGUCUGUUUACUGCAAUAAGUCUCCCGUUCUUCAUGUCCAAAUUUUAUAUGGAACUCACCGAGGACAAUCUGCAGGUUCCCUUUGUUAUAUCAUGUCGAUGAUCGAGCUUUUUUGCAAAAUGAAUUAUUACAGGACUAGUUGUUUUAAGUGUGGUUUGAUCUUUAGGCCAUUGGAGGUUGUGAAAAAUGCUUCAGUCUUGUUUUGGUUAUUACUACUAACAUAGUUUAU